CAAGUGUAAUAAGAAAAGGUCUCAUCUUAUGCCAUGAGUAUGAGCUCGUACAGUUGUAAUCCACAAGCCGAUUUGUUGUAUCCAUUUGUUGAUACCAAUUCGACAACAAUUAAUCCUGUAUUCAAAUUUAAUUCAUCUCUUAAUGGUGUUGGUGGUGGUCAAGGAGGUGGAUCUUUACUUUCCAGUGAAUUUGAUACCAGAAAUUUUCAAGAUUUAGUUAAAACUCGAGGUGAACCAACGGGAACCUCUUUAUAUGGACCAGCAACUUCAACCCAUUCAACCCAAAGUUUAGAUCGUAGGAAAAUGUUCAAACUACAAUCAACUCAUUCGUUUAAAGAUGAGGUCAUUUUAAGGCCACUUCAUCAUCAUCCGUUUGAUUAUCUAAUGAGACCAGGAAGUAAUAUGGACCUAAGGUCAUCACCUAACCAUCAACCUAAUGGUCAACCAUUACCACAACAACAACAACAACAUUAUUAUCAAUCGAAAACAUUACCGAGAGAUUUUGGUGAAAAAAAUUCAUCAACUCACUCGAUACGAGAUGUUGCUCUCUAACAAUUAAUUUAAUCACAAAUUAAUCAGAUUCUGUAUACAAUUUAUUUCUUCCCUUUAAUUGUUAUUAGCUAAUUAAUCUAAUUUCUUUGACCAUGUCUUUUUCUCUGUCUAUCUUUGAAUCUGUUGUGCCUUAAACUUAUUUUUUGAAAACUUUAAUUAGAUUAACAACAAUCAAAUCAUGUUAAUUAAUCUGAUUGUAAUUAUUGUACAAACAAAAAUCAAAAUUGAAUCUCAUCUUUAAAUCUGAAUACCAAAUCCGAUAAUCUUACAACUCAUAUCUAAAUCUAAUUAUUUCCCAAUGUAAAUCAAUUCUUAUCCAUUAAUUUAUACAAAAUGAUUAAUUAAAUCUAAUUAUGUUACUUGAUACAACUUGGAAUUGUGAACGAAAAAAAAUCAAUUGUUGGCACUUCUUGGAUUUUUGCUAAUCAUAUUUUUCAUUUAUUUCUUGUCAUUGAUUGAUAAUUAGUUUUAAUUGUAAUCAUCUUUUCAACUUUUUCGAUUGUUUAUAUUGUUGAUGGCGGAACAAUUUAAUUCACGUGUAAUAUUUUCCUUAAUUGUUUGCUUGAUUGAAUUGAUUGUUUACCUUAAUAAUGAUGAUGUUAAAACGGGUGGAGAGAUUGAUUUGAUUGUAAAUACCUUUUUUAUAUUCUAAUCAACACCAACACCUUUUUUAAUCAUAAAUGAAUUUGAU